AUGGUGUUGCCCUCAUAUUUUUCCCCUUUUUCUUUAAGUGACGGUGAUCUUUCUUUCCAUUUUAUUUUGCCUCUGAAUUUUCACUUUUUACCUUUCUUUUUCUCUUAUACUUUUUUCUUUUCUCCCUUCUUUCAUCUUUGCUUUUCUUUGGAUUUUUCCUAUUUUUUUUUUACUAUCUACUUAUUCAUCUAUAUUCUUCUCUAUUUUUUGAUUCCUCUCCCUUCUUUUGGAUUUUUGUUUUUCCUGCUUUUUAUCUCAUUUUCUUCUUUUCCUAAUUUUCCCUCUCUUUUAUCGGCUCUUUCAUCUUCCAUCAUCUCUUUCUUAUUCUUUCAUUUCUUUUCUAUUUUUCUUUUUCCUUCUUCUUUUAUUCUUCUCUUUUUCUUUCUUUUCUUUUCUGCUCUUUAUUUUCCUUUCAUUUCCUUCCUUCUCUUUUAUUUUUCCUUCUUUUCUUUCCUCUUUAAUCUUUGUCUUUUCUCUCCUUUUUCUUUCAUUUCUUUUAUAUCUUUCGUUUUACUUUCUUUCUUUCCCCUUGUUUCUUUUUACUUUCUUUCUUCACUCUCUUUCUUUUUUAUUUGUUGUCUUCCUUCACUUUCUUUUUCUUUUUUCUCUUCCCUCUCUUUCUUUUUAUUUCCUUCUUUCUCUUUCUUUUUAAUUCCUUUUUUCCUCAUAUUCUUUUUACUUUCUAUUUACUUCCUUUCUUUUCUCUCUUUCCUUUUUCUUGUUUUUCAUUGUUUUCCCUCUUUCUUUUUACUACCUUUUUUCCUCAUAUUCUUUUUACUUUCUUUUCUCUCUUUGUUUUUAUUUUCUUUCUUCUUAUUUCCUUUUUUCUCUUUCCUUUCUUUUCUUCUCUUUUCUUUCUUUCUUGUUAUUUCUUUUAUUUCUUCACUUUUUUCUUUUGCUAUCUCUCUUUUUACAACCUUUUUUCCUCAUUUUUUUUACUUACUUUCUAUGUCAUUUCUGACUUCUUUUCCUCUCUCCUCUCUCACCUUUCUUUCUUACUUUUUUGUCUUUACUUUGAUCUUUAUUCUUUCCUCCCACUGCCUUUCUUUAUUCGUUUUUAUUCUUUUUUACAUCAAAUAUUGUUCUUAA